AUGGCUGCCGCUAAGCGUCUGGCGUCUCUCAUGGUGGUGCUUGUGGCUGCAGCGAGUGUGGUUCACGCACAGGAGAGGAUUAAGAUGUGUGGCAGAGAGCUGAUACGUCUGGCCGUCUCAUCCUGUGGGAACUCACGGCUAAGGAGAAGCAUCCCUGACGUAAAAAUGGGCCAGCAGCUGCCCGCUCCUCACUGGGACCAUGACGCCUCCACAGAGGAAUGCCGGGCUUCAGAGACAGUGCACAUCCAUGCAGAGUCUGACGAGGAGGAGGACGUCGUCUCCUUGGCUCCUCACUGGUACCCCAUGUCCUCUCGGAUCAGACGAGCUGCUGGGAGGAUAUCUGAUAUUUGCUGCGAGAAAGGAUGCAGCAUGAAAGAGCUGAUACAGUUUUGCUAG